GGUAGAUAAGAAAUCAUUCACUCUCACUCUUCCCACGCACACAUCAAUGGACCCCAAAGGCACUAUUGUUUUCACCUCCGUCGGGAGGCCGCAGUAUGGGUUCGACAUCUUCACCGUCAAUCUUACUCAAACUCCCAUCACAAGUUCCACUUCUGUACACCGCCUCACUGACGGUAUUUCCGUCAACUACAACGCUCAAUUUGUGAACGAAGAUCAAUCUAUCGUCUUUAUCUCUGAACGGUCGGGUUCCCCCCAGAUUUACCUCACCCGACCGGGAGUACCCAAACCCGAGAAGCUGCCAUCUGCCCCCUACAGUCUCUUCCACGAUCGACCUAUCAUCAAAAGCCACCGCCUUUACUUCAUUUCAGCUCAUGAACCUGAUCAACCUUUCAAGAGAUGGUCAUCCCUUUACUCGACCGACCUCCAAUGUAAAGGAAACAUUACGCGAUUAUAUCCACACGGGUUUGUUGAUUAUAGCCCUGCUAUUUCGAAAUCUGGGACAUUUGUAGCCGUUGCAUCGUAUGGUUCUCGUCCUUGGGAAGGUGACUUUCACGAGCUGAAAACGGAUAUUGUUGUGUUUCCAUCGUCCGAUCCGGAGAAGCGUUGGGUUGUAUGCGAGAGAGGCGGUUGGCCCACUUGGUCUGGUGACUCAACCAUUUUCUUUCACCGCCAAGCUGCAGAUGGCUGGUGGAGCAUUUUCCGGUUCGAAUUUGCAGAAAAUUCUCUUGAAUUGUCUGACUUCCCAGUCCUUCCUCUCCGUGUCACUCCACCUGGACUCCACUGCUUCACUCCGGCCGCCUUCCACGACGGAAAACGAAUUGCUGUCGCGACGCGGCGGCGCGGCAAGCGUUUCAGACAUAUCGAGGUAUUCGAUCUCGAAUUGAAAGCUUUCCGCCCGGUGACUGAGCUGUUGAACCCGAAUUUUCAUCAUUAUAAUCCCUUUGUCUCUCCCGAUUCUGAGACACGAUACCAUAGAUUCAGAGGUGAAUCGGUUGAGGGCGAGUCGACGGUUCCACAUCUCGACCCAGUUGCGUCUCCGAUAAAAGAUCUACGCAUGCUCAGAAGCAACGGAUCAUUUCCUUCUUUCAGUCCCGACGGUAGUUUCCCUGCCUUGAACCCUGCUUUGGAUGAAAAUGGCGGCAUUAAAGUUGUGAAAUCGGACGGCUCAAAACGAUGGAGCUUGAUCAAGUCCCGCGUGGCAUUUUAUAACACGUGGAGCUCAACCGAAAGAUACGUUAUUUACUCUUCUUUGGGUCCGAUAUUCGAGUCAGUUAAAACAACUGUCCAGAUCGCCCGAAUCAAAUUUGAUUCUUCUGAUCUCAACGACGAUCUCGAAGAAAUUCAAUGCGAUGUAAAGAUUCUCACGCGAGAAGAUACGGGGAAUAACGCCUUCCCGUCCUGCUCUCCCGACGGGAAGUCCCUCGUGUUUCGUUCCGGCCGUUCUGGACAUAAGAACUUAUAUGUCCUCGACGCCGUUAACGGUGAAUUCAACGGUGGUAUACGCAAAUUAACUGACGGCCCUUGGAUUGAUACGAUGCCUUGUUGGUCCCCUAACGGCGAUCUCAUAGCGUUUUCAUCCAUCAUGCAUAAUCCGAAUAACGUGGAUGCCUUCAGCAUUUACGUAAUCAAACCCGACGGCUCUGAUCUGAGGAGAAUUUAUGUGGCUGGGCCGAAAGGUUCGAGCAUCGUGGACAGGGAGAGGAUCAACCACGUGUUUUUUAGUCCGAAUGGAGAGUGGCUGGUUUUUGCCGCAAACAUAGGUGGCGUAACGGUUGAGCCGAUUUCGUGUCCGAACCAAUACCAACCGUAUGGAGAUUUGUAUGUGGUGAAGUUAGACGGGUCAGGAUUGAGGAGGAUUACGUAUGAUGAAUAUGAGAACGGAACGCCUACGUGGCAUUCUGGGAGUGAACUUGAUAUUGGACGUUUAUGCUUCAAGAAUGAUGUUGGAGUUAAACUUACUGGUGCAUUUGAUGAACCGCUUUGGAUUAAUUGCGAUAUUGAUUAAAGUUCUAGUUUCUUUUAAU